UCACGUGACACGAUUGGGAGUGCUGUCAUGUGAUGGUUUCUGCGUUUGCAGCAAAUCUCUUCACAGCCAAGAGACAAACACAAGCCCAAAAACGCUCCUGAGACGAAUAAAAAACCCAAGUUCAAGAUACUGAACCCGCUGGGCGGCCAUCAUGGGGUGCUGUUUCAGCAGCGACAGCGAGACGACGGACCCGGAUGGAGAUGAGGUGAAGCCACUGAUUCCUGACCCAAACCAAGAAAGAAAACCCACUAAUGGCUCGGAGCGAAACGCAGACAAUCUGCCGUCCAACCGCACAGACGAACAGGCCCUGCUGACGGUUAUCCUGCAGCGGACGGCACUGAACAUUAUUGAUGUGUCUGCUGUGGAUUCUCAAGGCAUGGAGCAGCAUGAAUACAUGGACAGAGCCAGACAGUACAGCACUAAGCUGGAGGUGUUAAGCAGGACACUGUCUCAGAAAAAGCCUGUUCCUCUGCCAUCGCUGACCAGCCAACCGCACCAGGUGCUCGCUGCUGACCUGGUCCCAUACGCAGACGUCCAGCAGGUCUCGAAGAUCGCUGCGUACGCCUAUAGCGCCAUCUCACAAAUCAAAGUAGAUGCCAAGGAAGAGCUCGUGGUGCAGUUUGCUAUACCAUGAUCCAUAUAAAUCGGACCCCUUUCCGCCCAAAUCCUCUGUUUCUGUCUCUUCUUCUCACCCUUUCACUUUCCUUCCGAACGUCUGGAGAUGCAGAGGCCCGUGCGUUUGUUCCUCUGAAUGUCCUGCAGAUUAAUAUAAUUCACCCCGGCCAGAGCUGCUUGAGUAAUCCCACAAUCUGAGCGAUAUCCGGGGCGUAUUUUCAGGCGUGUUUGUGCAUUAAUCAAACUCAAAUGCAACAUAAGCUGGACUCCUGUGUCGGGCUGCUACCGUUGCUUUGUUUUCCUUCUCUUGGCUUUUUAAUGUCCUGAUUGGUUGUUAAACCGAGUAGCGCAUCCAGACCUCUUCUACUUGAACUACAGUUGAUCGUGGAUUGAUUGGGUUAUGACUGGGUCAUCUUAACACACAGCGUUGUUUCCUGCACAUCGUUCAUUGGUUUUACUGUAGGAUUCUGCAUUCACCGGGGUUUAGAGCAGUGUUUCUCAACCACGUUCCAGGAGCACCACCGGCACUGCAUUUUGGAUGUCUUCUUUGUCACACUCAUUACAGGUCUUUCAGUCUAAUGAGCUGAUGAUCUGAUUCAGUGUUUGGUUAAGGAGACCUGGAAAAUGUGCAGAGCUGGUGGUCCUCCAGGAACGUGGUUGAGAAACACUGGCUUAGAGUUCAUCUUUCAGUCCAACUGUGAUGUGCUGUGGUUGUAGAUUGGCAUGCAGAUUAUUCAGUUUACAUAUUACACACAUAUAAUGAUGCAGAAACUCUCUUUCUAUUUUAAGGUCUUUAAUUGGGUCUGUUUUGUGUGAAUGAUCUGCUUGAUGUUCAAUCGUACGUAUUCUUAACUGGUUUAGAUUCGAGUCUGUGCGAUACUCAGAAAUAUGGGAUGUCCCUACAGUUUACAUAUUGAUAAUAUUUUUUUGUCUAUCAGCAUUUUUAAUGGAAGUCUAUUUCCUACAUGGGAUAAAAUUAAAAGUUUUUGCAUCUUUUUAUCUAAUAAUUUUAGAUUUUUUUUCCUGUAAUUGUAAGUCAGUGUUCGGUAAUAAGAGUUAACAUCAUGCAAUUCUGACGUCUCACUUUCUUAUAUUUGCGUAUUUGUGUCUCACAACUUUUGAGUUCUAGAAAGCUGUAGUUUAUAUUUUGUAAGUGAUUUCUGACAUUUUCAUAUUCAUUUCUCUAAAUUGAAAAUAAAUUGAACACUUAUUAUCUUUCAGAUGUGCGAGUUUAUAUCUCCAAAUUGAGAAUAAAUUGCAUGCUUAUUAUUUCUCACAUCUGCAAGUUUAUUUCUCAGAAGUGAAAAUGAUUUGCACACUUAUAAACUUGCAAAUCUGAAAAAUAAUAUCUCAAAAGUGAAAAUUAAUUGUGCACUUGUUAUUUUUCAGAUUUGCAAGACUAUAUUUCCAAAUUGAAAAUGGAUUGCACACUUAUUAUUAUUCCGAUUUGCUCAUUUUCAUAUAUCAAGAGUGAAAAUUUAAUUGUACACUUUUAUAAACGUGCAAAUCUAAAAAAUAUCUCAAAAGUGAAAAUUAAUUGUGCACUUGUUGUUUUUCAGAUUUGCAAGACUAUAUUUCCAAAUUAAAAAUUGAUUGCACACUUAUUAUUAUUCCGAUUUGCUCAUUUUCAUAUAUCAAGAGUGAAAAUGUAAUUGCACACUUAUUAUUUCUCAGAUUUGCAAGUUUAUAUCAAGAGCGAAAAUGUAAUUAUACACUUUUAUAAACGUGCAAAUCUGAAAAAUAUCUCAAAAGUGAAAAUUAAUUGUGCGCUUAUUAUUUUUCAGAUUUUCUAGUUUAUAUUUCCAAAUUAAAAAUUGAUUGCACGCUUAUU